AGACUCUGAGUGGUGACCUGCAGGCCAUGGCUCACUCCUCACGACUGCAGGAGGAAAUGUUCGAGGAAGAAACGCGGAGGACGCUACGUGGCGGUGGAGGCAGCGGUGGCUCCAGGAUCCCCGCCACAGCCGCUCUCGAGGGCAAGGUGGCCCGACUGCAGAACUCGCUGAAGGACGUGGAGAGCAGAAUCUUACACGAGACCAAAAAGGACGGCAUCGCGCAGCAGGUGCAAAACCAAAAGAUCGGUGAGCUUCAGGAGGAGGUAUCCGGGUGCGCCCGUCUGGUCCAACAAGACGUGCGAGACCUCCAGCUACACGACUCGGGGGCCGAUCCGGACGUACCGCGGCUUCAGAGAGAGGUGGACAGCAUUCGGAGCAGACUGGACAGCAGGCUCGCUGACAGCCGAUCGGCCUCCAGUCGUGCUGACGCCGAGGAGAAGGAGCUGAAGGCGCAGCUGAAGGAUCUGGAGCAGAAGCUGCAGAAGGAGGUGUCGGACCGAACACAGCGCGAGGCAGACCUCAAGAACGAGGUGGAGAGAAAGCUGACAGAGAUCUCCCAGUACAGCGACGAUGGAUUCAGAGGCGUCACCAAACUGACCGAGGGCGAGCACGAGCAGACAAAGCAGCGCUUCCGGGAGCUGCUGGAGCGCCUGGACCAAGUGGAGAGCAAGAGGGACAAGGACCAAGAGGAGAUCGACAAACUGUUCGAGAAACAGCGGGACGAGAGACGCAAACUGGACAGGGUGAUGGACGAGCGUCUGGAUGACGUAGGAGACCGUCUGCGGAUCGCUAUGGCCUCGCUGAUGGCGGCCCAGUCCGAGCUACCACCGGGGGAGAAGGCGCCGCCGGGCGGACUAUCCAUGGAGGAGAUUGAGCGCCUUCAGAAUAUGAACACGACCGGUGCGCGUGAGCAGCUGAUGAAGGACCUGGCGGCCAAGGAGCUGCAGCUCUCGGAGCUCAGCACGCGCAUCGAGCAGCAGGACGAGGUCAUCGAGAACAAACUCAAAAUGGCGGAGAAGAGUGACAGUAACGAGUUGGGGGUGAUGGGAGACGAACUGACGAGGAAGGCAGACACCAUCACCUUCUCACAGGAGAGACUCAAGAAACAGAUCGAGAACCUCGACGAAAGGGUCAAGGAGUCUCCCCAGGAGAUCAACCAGUUGCAGGACCGUGUGGUGGCCAUGGAGACGGAGACGCUGGAGAAACUGGAGAAGCAGGACGUCCAGCGUCGUCAGGAGGUCGAGGAUCUGACCGCCGACGUGAGGAAGAAGGUGGACGAGGAGGAAAAGAAGGCAGCCGAAAUGGCCCGGCUGGAGAAGGCCGUGGACCAGUCCCAUACCUCAGUGACCAAGCUGUCAGAGGCCAUGCAGACCAUCAACCGGGUCAUCGGAGGCAAGAUCAAGGAAGGAAAGAGGACGCGCGAACAGGAGACCACUGACCUGAAGAGAAACAUCGACAGGCUCUAUGAGCAGAACACCGACCUGAAGAACAGGAUUAAACAUCCCGGAGAACCGAACGAAACAAAUACUUACUCGGGCGGAUCUAGAUCAACGUAUUAAUCGACAAUGCCCCGACAAAAGGCCAUAUCGAUGAAAAUACAGCAUAAGUCGAAAACAUCUCUAAAUCAACCCAAAGACAGAGAACAACGAUUAUCCGACAUGUUCUCAUCCAAAACCAAAAGCAUCGUUUUUCACCUCUCUUUUUUAUGCACUACUUUAUAUGUUGUCCGUCCGGUUUACACAAGAAUAGGCAGCCAACCAUUUAAACGAAAAAGGUUCACUUUGAAGUGAGGAAAACUUCUCAUUUCGUUUGUGUAUAUAAGAAUAUGCACUUAAACGGAUUUUCAUUUCUCGUUUAAACCUGUGCUCACUAGCAUCUGCGUAAUAAAUGUACCAUACUCUGCAA